CCAUUUCCUUCUUCAAAUCAAUCAUUCCUUUGCCUUUGCUCCAAACCCACCACAAAUGGCUCUUGAAACUUUCCUAAUAAAACUCAAAAACGCUAUUUCCUCCAAACCAACUUCUCGUCGACCUCUCCGAUCAUCUCCUCCGAUCACAACCACCACUUCCUCCGUCGGAGUUUUAUCGUUCGAAGUGGCACGUGUCAUGACCAAACUCCUUCACCUCACUCACUCUCUUACCGACUCCAAUCUCCUCACUCUCCGAGACCACUCUCUCUCAUUAGAAGGUCUUACCAAAAUCGUCAACGGCGACGAAACCUUCCACCUCAGCCUUGUAUGUGCUGAGCUCGCAGAUAGCCUCGCCCACGCAGCUAACUCUGUUUCAAGACUGAGCCACCGCUGCACCACGGCCAGUCUCCGUUCUUUCCACCGCUUAUUCCAUGAGUUCGCCGAUAUGGGUCGUGACCCUCAUGGAUGGGUCAUGAACUGUAAAGACACCGAAGCUAAGAACAAGAAAAUCGAAAGAUAUGUGAGUGUGACAACAGCUUUGUAUAGAGAGAUGGAAGAAAUGACGAUGUUAGAGAACUCUUUGAGAAAACAAAGUUCACAGAUUGGGAUCGAAUUCGAAGAAGAAGACGACUUCGAGAACAAGAAAGAUGUAAUGAAAGUGAUAGAUCUACAAAACAAGAUCGAGAGACAGAAACAACAUGUCAAGUAUCUAAAAGACAGAUCUCUAUGGAACAAAAGCUUCGACACUAUCGUGUUGAUUCUCGCCAGAUCGGUAUUCACAGCACUCGCUAGACUCAAAUCCGUAUUCUCCUCCGCCGCAGCCACUGGCUACAUGGGCCACACCGUCGUGUCUUCUCUCCCUCGCUCUCUCUCUUCUUCUUCUUCCUCUAUGAAUCUUGUUCAUCCUAGCCCAAACGACGAGGAAAGAGACAAAACGGCGUCGUCAUCUGCGUUUCUUGAAGAAAGCUCAAAACUGUUGAAACCGCCGGAGACAACUCUCGGCGGAGCUGGCGUAGCGCUUCACUACGCGAAUCUGAUAGUAGUAAUGGAGAAGAUGAUAAAGCAACCUCAGCUUGUAGGUCUUGACGCGAGAGACGAUCUGUAUUCAAUGUUACCGGCGAGUGUGAGAUCGUCUCUCAGGUCAAGACUAAAAGGUGUUGGUUUCACGGCGACAGACGGUGGUUUAGCGACGGAGUGGAAGGCGGCGUUAGGUCGGAUCUUACGGUGGUUGUUACCAUUGGCUCAAAAUAUGAUUAGGUGGCAGAGUGAGAGAAGCUUCGAGCAGCAACACAUGGCGACAGCAGCGAAUAGUCAGAACAGAGUGAUGUUAGUUCAAACACUUGUGUUUGCAGAUAAAGUUAAGACAGAAGCAGCCAUAACAGAGCUUCUUGUUGGAUUGAAUUACAUCUGGAGAUUCGAAAGAGAGAUGACUGCGAAAGCUCUCUUUAAUCUACAGUCUCCUCCUACUAAUUACAGCUAAUUUUAUUGUAGAGUUUUGUUUUCUUCUUUUUUGUUUGAUGGGUUAAUUUUGAUUUAUUUGUAUGUUUUUGGUUUAGUUUGAUAAUACGAAUUAUGAAAGUGAUUUGGGUGGGGUUAUAUAAGAAAGAUUAUGUGAUGUGUAACAAUGUAGAUAUUGGAAUGAAUUUGAGUGAUUGUUUUCUUUCUGUUUAGAUUUAAUGUUGUUGUUAACUCUCAAACGGUGAGUUUGGAGGUUAUUUAAUCAAAUUAUCAUUAUUUC